GAGUAAACAAAGCAUUGCUUGCAUGAUUCAGCAACUUAUCCACAGAAUUCUCCUGUACGGAAAAGGUUAAGGUCAGCAGAUGAUAUUUUCUGAAGAUCUGUUGCAGAAAACUGGCUCACAGAGGAGAAAGACUCAUCCAGUGAUUUAUUUGUUGCCUGAUCCAGACAUAUAAGCCACAAAGAGAGAGAGAGAGAGAGUGCGAGCAAGCGAGAGAGCGACAGAAAUAUAAUGUAUUCUGAAGCUGAUGAACACCAACAGCCAAUGGGAGGGAGUCAAUUGUUAAUCAGUAGGAGAGAGGUGGAGGGUAUUCUUCAAGUGUGUAAGUGUUUUAAGCUACUGUAGUGGUGCAUGAUCGUAAUCGACGUCUCUCCUUUUUUUCUGACAGUGUGGCCAGCUGAUAUGAAAUCCGAUUUUGGGAGACAGAAAUAUGACGUGAUAUGCUAUAUUAAGACGUUUGAUUUUUGCCUCGUGCUACAAGAUUUUAGCAGAAAGUAUUUCACUAUGAUGCUGCAUUGAAUCAAAAGCUGUAUGGUACAAGUUUGGACGACCAAGUCUUCGGGGAGCUGGCCACUUUUCCUUUCUCGUGUUGGAAAUUAUGGAGAAGGAGCAAGGCCACUUGGAUAGUGGACAACAGAUGCAUGACCAACUUGCCGUUGACACAGCCUUAAGCACCUUGGUAGUUAUUCUGGUAUAUAUUGUAGUGAAGGUGAGCGUGGAUGGAAUUCGUCAAUGGAGAGCCCGGGUGUCCAUCCUAGUGGUAGGUGCCGGACCUGUUGGGUUGACGGCGGCACUGGUUGCUGUCCGCUCCAGGAAAGUGCUGAAUUUAACCAUCUUGGACGAGCGCACAAGGACUGCCCUGUUCUGCAGACCUCAACAGAUCGCCUUGGACCCCCGAAGUGUUAAGUUUCUUUUGACUUUGGGAGUCGAUUUUGACAAUAUUGAAGGAUGUUGGGACAAUGACCACUUCUUUACCAAGAUUGGUGUUUUCCAGGAGCAUCUUCUGAGUAUUCUAGAACAGAGGAAACAAACCCUGGACAUUAGAAUUCUACUUGGAACCAAAUUUACAGAGGAGUACAUGAGGAAGAUGUCACAAGAUGCAUGGCCCAGAAUCCUUAUAGUUGCUGAUGGAUCUUGUGGAGAGUCAAGUUUUCUGCUGGGUGUCAACUCAGAAUACAUUGUGGAAUCCUGUAAUGCAUAUGGGGCCAAUGCAGCAUUUGAAAGAUUAGACCAGCGGCAGGUGCCGACUCCAGAGAUCCGAGCCCACAAUCUACAUUUUGAUCUGUCAGCCUAUGGAAUCGAUGUUGCCAGUGGUGGCAAGGAUACUUUAAACAAGCCAGGAUUUCACCUGAAAAUCUAUGGGACUUUUCGCAAUCGAUAUAUGGCUUUAGCCUGCCCGGCUUCAGACGCCAAAGUUGUUCGGUUUCUGAGAUACACUCCAAAUUCUGCUGUCAUGAAGAACAUCUUCCACCAGUCCUUCAAUGCUUAUAAAGCAGACAUUGAGCCCAGAAUGAGCGAUUUAUCCUUUUCUCGCCUGCAGUGCAGUCGCAGAUUAUUUGAGAUCAUGCUUUCACACAGGAGGGUAACAUCUGCUUUCAUUGAAGGCAUUAAUGUGGUGGUCACAUUAGAGGGAGAAGCUGCCCGGGUUCUUAACUUUGAUACAGGUUGUGGCGUUAACCUGGGUUUACGAGGCUUGGAAUCGUCAGAAGAGUUUAUUUACAAAGUGGCCAUAGCUGUGGACCAAAGGGACGUGUUCGAAGCCCUGUCAGCUAAAAUAAAGCACUCCAAGCAAGUGGUAGAAGACUUCAAAUUCAGUGGACUGGCUGUUUCAGUAUUUGAAUAAACAAGUGCAGAAAUUCAACCAGGACUCUAAAGGUCAACAUGCGCUCCUUACCAAGGAACACUGGAGGCAGCCAUUUUGUGUUUUGACCCUGUUGUCAAAGCAACCAGUACAGUCUUUAGGACUGAUUUUAAUAAAAAAGGUAUUUCCUACGAU